UACAAGGUCAUAACAAUCAUAUUUAAUAGAUUAACAAAGACAUAGGCGCAUCAGUAUCUAUUGAUAGUUCAAACAUGGCGCACAACCAGGAACCUCUGAGGAAUUUGUUGAAAAAAAUCGCUCAAGAGCAAAAUUACAAGAACCCUGAAAUUAUAAUAAAUGACUUAACGAGUGGCGGAGCCAACUACACAUCUACUCUUUAUACGGUGAUCAUAAAAGAAAAGAGUAAAGAAGAUCUCCAUUUAUUCGCUAAAGUCGGUGCAUUGGGUGAUUCGUUCCGUGAACAAGUGUCUGUAGACCUUUUUGAUAUUGAACGAUUUGCGUACCUCAAGCUGUUCAAAAUCUACGCAGCUUUAGAAGAAGAGCAUGGAGUGGCCGAGGAGCACAGACUGCCGUACGUCAAGAUGUAUGGAUACGACGACACGAUGUACAAGGAGACGAUGGUGCUGGAGAACUUGAUACCGCAGGGCUACGGACCCUGCGACAGGUUCAAGUCAGUUGACUGGGAGUACGCUUCUGCAGCAAUGACAGAAUGCGCCAAGAUGCAUGCGCUUUCCUUCGCUUUUCAAAAGAAAGAUCCAGAAGAGUAUGAGAAGGUUCUAGAUCUUGCAAAACCUACUUACAAUUACAAGCUUUUGGUCAUCAUGCUGAGCAACAGUAUUCCUCUUGCACUAAAAACGGUCUAGCCUGAACAUAAAGUUUAAUUCGCGAAGUUCAUAAAUAGAGGAGUGAAGGAGACGUUCAUGGAGUACUACGAAGCGAGGCGAGUGACGGCUAUCAUCCACGGCGACUACCGCGGCAACAACUUGCUGCACCGGGUU